AUGGAGUGGGACAGCGAUUCUGACGGCGGCGGCGGAGAUGACGAGGAGGAGGAAGAAGAGGUCCGCCCCGGGGGCGGGGGCGGGGACGCGGGCCCGGGCUUCUCGCUGGCCAUCGAGGGCGUGCUGGGCGCGUGCGGCAUGGUGGUCUCCGACGCGCUCGAGCCCGACUUCCCCAUCAUCUACGUCAACCGCGGGUUCGAGGAGGCUACCGGAUACCGCGCUGAGGAGGUGCUCGGGAGGAACUGCCGGUUUCUACAAUGCAGAGGACCAUUUGCUCAGAGGAGACAUCCCCUUGUUGAUGCAGCAGUUGUUACUGGGAUUCGGAGAUGUUUAGAGGAAGGGACUGAGUUUCAGGGUGAUCUGUUGAAUUUUAGAAAAGAUGGUUCUCCAUACAUGGCAAGGCUGCAAUUAACACCCAUAUACGGAGAUGAUGAAAUGAUAACACACUAUAUGGGCAUCCAGUUUUUCAAUGAUUAUAAUGUUGACUUGGGUCCGUCGCCUGGCUCUGUAACAAAGGAACUUGCGAGAUCCACAUGGAUUGCACCUGGCAACACUGACUCACCAACUUCAGUAGGCAAGGGUAAUUUGUGGGAACAUUCUAGUCUCUUUCUGCUGAGUGAUGAGGUAAUUUGCCAGAAGAUCUUGUCUAAAUUGUCACCCAGGGAUAUAGCAUCGGUAAACUCUGUUUGCAAGCGACUUUAUCACAUGACAAGGAAUGAAGACCUUUGGAGGAUGGUUUGUCAGAAUGCAUGGGGCACUGAAGCUACUCGGGCCCUUGAGACCGUGGCAGGAUCAAGAAGUUUGGCAUGGGGCCGGCUAGCACGAGAGUUGACCACCCUUGAAGCUGUUGCCUGGAGGAAAUUGACAGUCAGUGGUGCAGUGGAGCCAUCUCGCUGCAACUUCAGUGCCUGUGCUGUAGGGAAUCGUGUUGUCCUAUUUGGUGGAGAGGGUGUUAAUAUGCAGCCAAUGAAUGAUACAUUUGUGCUGGACUUGAGUGCCAACAAGCCAGAAUGGAGGCACAUCAAUGUGAGCUCAGCUCCUCCUGGUCGCUGGGGGCAUACCCUAUCAUGCCUGAAUGGAUCGCGGCUGAUUCUGUUUGGUGGCUGUGGGGGGCAGGGGCUGCUUAAUGAUGUCUUCAUUUUGGAUCUUGAUGCACAGCAUCCAACUUGGCGUGAGAUUCCUGGUCUUGCACCCCCUGUACCACGGUCAUGGCAUAGCUCUUGCACUGUGGAUGGAACCAAGCUGGUGGUUUCUGGUGGAUGUGCUGACUCUGGUGUUCUUCUCAGUGAUACCUACCUCCUAGAUGUGACGAUGGAAAAACCUGUUUGGAGGGAGAUACCUGCAUCUUGGUCUCCACCUUGCAGGCUGGGGCACUCACUAUCUGUCUACGAUGGCAGGAAAAUCCUGAUGUUUGGUGGUCUUGCUAAAAGUGGUCCUCUAAGACUUAGAUCUAGUGAUGUGUUCACUCUAGAUUUGAGUGACGACAAGCCUUGCUGGCGGUGCAUUACUGGCAGCAGGAUGCCAGGAGCUGGUAAUCCUGCUGGAGUCGGCCCACCACCUCGCCUUGAUCAUGUUGCAGUGAGCCUUCCUGGUGGGAGAGUUUUAAUAUUUGGUGGGUCUGUGGCGGGUCUUCAUUCUGCUUCAAAACUUUACCUCCUGGAUCCAACUGAAGAGAAGCCAACCUGGAGGCUUCUGAAUGUUCCAGGGCAUCCUCCACGGUUCGCCUGGGGCCACAGUACUUGUGUUGUUGGAGGGACAAAGGCAAUAGUUCUUGGAGGACAAACUGGAGAAGAGUGGACGCUAACUGAAAUAUAUGAGCUUUCUCUAGCAAGCUCAUUAGUCUGA